GCAGGCGUUUGGGUGUUGCUCCCGCCCCGCUUCCUCUGCCGUCUUCUCCACCGGGCUCGGGUGGGGCCCAAAGGCGGCGAGUGACAGCGACUCCGGACCGCGGGCGCAGGGCGGGUGGCAGCCAUGUCGGACAGCGGGGCGAGCCGCCUGCGGAGGCAGCUGGAGUCGGGGGGCUUCGAGGCGCGGCUGUACGUGAAGCAACUGUCGCAGCAGUCGGACGGCGACCGCGACCUGCAGGAACACCGGCAGCGCGUGCAGGCGCUGGCGGAGGAGACGGCGCAGAACCUGAAGCGCAACGUCUACCAAAACUACCGGCAGUUCAUCGAGACGGCGCGCGAGAUCUCGUACCUGGAGAGCGAGAUGUAUCAGCUGAGCCACCUGCUGACGGAGCAGAAGAGCAGUCUGGAGAGCAUCCCGCUGGCACUGCUGCCCACCGCCGCCGCGGGCGCCUCCACGGGUGAAGACACGACGGGCGCGGGGCCGCGGGAGCGCGGGGCGGCGCAGGCAGGCUUCCUGCCCGGGCCGGCGGGCGUCCCCCGCGAGGGCCCUGGUGCGGGGGAGGAGGGCAAGCAACGCACACUCACCACACUGCUGGAGAAAGUGGAGGGCUGCAGGGACCUGCUGGAGACGCCAGGCCAGUACCUGGUGUACAACGGGGAUCUGGUGGAAUACGAGGCGGAUCACAUGGCCCAGCUGCAGCGCGUGCACGGCUUCCUCAUGAACGAUUGUCUGCUGGUGGCUACCUGGCUGCCACAACGGCGAGGCAUGUACCGCUAUAACGCGCUUUACCCACUGGACCGCCUGGCUGUGGUCAACGUCAAGGACAAUCCACCUAUGAAAGACAUGUUCAAGCUGCUCAUGUUCCCUGAGAGCCGCAUCUUUCAGGCAGAAAAUGCCAAGAUUAAACGUGAGUGGCUGGAAGUGUUGGAGGAAACCAAGAGGGCGCUCAGCGACAAGAGGAGGAGGGAGCAGGAGGAAGCAGCGGCCCCCCGCGCGCCACCACCAGUCACUUCCAAAGGCAGCAACCCGUUUGAGGACGAGGAUGAUGAAGAACUGGCCACCCCCGAGGUGGAGGAGGAAAAGGUAGACCUCUCCAUGGAGUGGAUCCAGGAGUUGCCCGAAGACCUGGAUGUCUGUAUUGCGCAGAGGGACUUUGAGGGCGCUGUGGACUUGCUGGACAAAUUGAAUCACUACCUGGAAGAUAAGCCCAGCCCACCUCCUGUGAAAGAGCUGAGGGCCAAAGUGGAUGAACGAGUGCGACAACUCACUGAGGUGCUGGUGUUUGAGCUCUCCCCGGAUCGUUCUCUGAGAGGUGGCCCUAAGGCUACGCGCAGGGCAGUGUCUCAGCUGAUCCGGCUGGGCCAAUGCACUAAAGCUUGUGAGCUGUUUCUGAGGAACAGGGCAGCAGCCGUGCACACUGCCAUCCGCCAGCUUCGAAUUGAGGGCGCCACUCUGCUCUACAUUCACAAGCUGUGCCACGUCUUCUUUACCAGCCUCCUGGAGACCGCAAGGGAAUUUGAGACAGACUUUGCAGGCACCGACAGUGGCUGCUACUCUGCGUUUGUGGUUUGGGCACGAUCUGCAAUGGGCAUGUUUGUGGACGCUUUCAGCAAGCAAGUUUUUGACAGCAAGGAGAGCCUGUCCACUGCAGCUGAGUGUGUGAAAGUGGCCAAGGAGCAUUGCCAGCAGCUGGGAGAGAUUGGGCUGGAUCUCACCUUCAUCAUCCACGCCCUGCUGGUGAAGGACAUCCAGGGGGCCUUGCACAGUUACAAGGAGAUUAUCAUCGAAGCCACCAAGCACCGAAACUCGGAGGAGAUGUGGCGUCGAAUGAACCUGAUGACUCCUGAGGCCCUAGGAAAGCUCAAAGAGGAGAUGAGAAGUUGUGGGGUCAGUAACUUUGAGCAGUACACGGGAGAUGACUGCUGGGUGAACUUGAGCUACACAGUGGUAGCUUUCACCAAGCAGACCAUGGGCUUCCUGGAGGAGGCGUUGAAACUGUACUUCCCAGAGCUACACAUGGUGCUCCUGGAGAGUCUGGUGGAAGUCAUCCUGGUUGCCGUGCAGCAUGUGGACUACAGCCUGCGGUGUGAGCAGGACCCAGAGAAGAAGGCAUUCAUCAGGCAGAAUGCAUCCUUUCUUUAUGAAACUGUCCUCCCAGUGGUGGAGAGGAGGUUUGAGGAAGGUGUGGGGAAGCCUGCCAAGCAGCUGCAGGACCUGCGGAAUGCAUCUAGACUCCUGCGGGUGAAUCCCGAGAGCACCACUUCUGUGGUCUGAGGCCCUGGUCUGCUGUGUGUCUGUGUGUGUGUGUACAUGUGCUACAGAUGCAUUAUUUGUAUUUACAUUACACUUGUCAGCACAUUCCUCAGAGUCACAAACAGUAUAUAGAUGGUGUCCUCUUAGAAAUACAGUGAAAGGAGAAAGAAAAUGUGUUAAGUCCCACCUCCCCCAGAUUGGAAUUAUUAGAGCAUAUACCAUGCUUUUAUAUUAACUCCUAAAGGAAUGUAUGAAAUAAAUAGUCACACCAUGGCAUUUCAGAUUACCCUCUGACUUGAUACACACUUCUCACAGUAGGACAUCCAGGAACAUUGCACUUCUAUGCUACCUAGAAAAAUAUGUAAAUCCAUAGGGCUGUACAUGUUACAAAGCCUCCCAAUUCAGCAAAAUUGUAGUUUCUUGAUGGUCAGUGUGCUGGCUUUAUGUACUCCUUAAACUAACCAAUUUAGAGAAAAUAAAUGAGUUGGGAAAAUUGGUUUGGGGUAAAUUUGAAUAAGUGGGCACCAGAUUUUUCAGUCUUUGUAGUACAUGGAAGGAAGCCUUCAUAAAACAACUCUGCAGGCAUCCAAGUCACUGAAAGGUAGCAUGUUCCAUGGCUAUUUGGCAUCAUAUUAUUUCACUGGGGUGCAUCUUUUUGGGAAUCACAAGGACUACGGUGACUUUUAACAUAUUCCAGAACUGAAUGAAUUUGCUGUUACAACACCUUUUGCCAUGUUCAGGAAGUGAAAGUCACGGUGAAAGGCCCACACCAAGGAGCCUAGCAGUAGUCGAGUGUCUCUGGGCCCCUGCAGACACCUCACCACCAGCCUGAUUCAGGAGCCACUGAGACUUAGGGCAAAUGCAGAGCUCCUUAUUUGAAUAUUUACUGGGAGUUCAGGGUCUCUGUAGAUUAGGAAUUAGAGAAAGAAUGCAAAUCUCACAGCUUAAGAAUGCCUGCUUUGAGCAAAGAAUUGUUUUCUUGAGAGAGGUUUCAGCCCAGGAUGGCGCCUUGAGCUGGUUUGUAGCCAAGGAAGACCUUGAAUUUCUAAAUCUCCUAACUCCACUUCCCAAGGGCUGGGAUUACAGGGGUGUGCCCCCUUGCCCAGUUUAUGCUUUGUUGGGAAACCCAGGGCUUUGUGUAUACUAGGCAAGCACUCUACCCACUGAGCCACAUCCUCUGCCCUGAUGGGUUUUUAGUCUUUUUUUCUUUUUGUAACUUUGAGGGGAGAUGAAUAUGCCUCAAGCACAGGGAAGGGGCCUUUUGUGACUCCUCAAAUGCUGUGUUGCACUUUAAAACACAAGAGCCAGGGAUGCUGGUGCCCACUUGUAGUCACUGCACUGGGAGCAAGAGGCAGUGUAUCCAAGGCCAGCCUGGUCAGCAGGGGAACUCCAGGACAGCCAGGGCUCUGUAGAGAGACGCCUCAAAAACAACCAACAACUUCUAAGAGAAUUCCAGGUCAUAAUGCUUAUUUCAGAUUGUUCAGUAAAGGACACAGUAGGUGGUUGGGAAACUAAGGUUUAUAAAAUGCUUGGCUCUAUACUGGUUAUUUAAUGUUCCUCUAUUAGAGAGUGGGUUUUUUGUGUGUUUUUUUGUUUUUUGGUUUUUUUUUUUUGUGUGUGUGUGUGUGUGUGUGUUUUUUGUUUUUUGUUUUUUUUUGGUUUUCGAGACAGGGUUUCUCUGUGUAGCUUUGGAGCCUGUCUUGGGUCUCGCUCUGUAGCCCAGGCUGGCUUUGAACUCACAGAGAUCCGCCUGCUUCUGCCUCCCGAGUGCUGGGAUUAAAGGCAUGCGCCACCACCACCUGGCUAGAGAGUGUUUUUGAAGACCCAUUUUCCCACUAGCUUCUAGCUGUGGUUUUUGUCCAUGAUGCCAUGUUAUUAUACCAUUGAUUCUAAGUGUUAUUCCUUGUCUGAAUAAAAAAGGUAGCAUUAUGUAAAACCUUAAAUGGUUUCUGCAGUGAUUUAGGGUUAUAAAACUCCUUGGCUUAGUUAACUCAUUUCAGACCAAUGUUUUCUUUACUUUUUUUUCUUCUUCUUCUUUUUUUUUUUUUUUUUAGCUCUACAUACUUAAAAAGUUGGAAAUCACCAUUGCAGAUUUUUACUGACUUUUUUUCAUGUUAGGAUUUUUUUUUAAAAAAAUGACGGGUAUUUUCUAUAUAGCCCUGGCUAUCUUGGAACUCUCAAUGUAGACCAGGCUGGCCUUGAACUCACAGAGAUCUUCCUGCCUCUGCCUCCAAAGUGCCAGGAUUAAAGGAUUGUGCCAAUAUGCCAGGCUCUGUUAGGAUUUUCUACAUGACCAUAACUGAUGUUCCAGCCAAACAAAAAUACUAAUUUGUCUUAAGAUCAUUGGAAACUUGAAUUUCAUGGAAUUGUGCUGGUUGUGAUGAUUAUUUGGUACCUUUUGGAAUUUAAUAUAUGAAAUGUUCUGUAUGAAUACAGUGUGGGGAAUGGAAAGCUCUCUUAGGGCUUAGAGCUGUAAGAAUGCCAAUGUAUUUCCCCACAUAAUAAUAAAUGGCUGUAUCUUUAUGGAAAUGUAAAUAAGAGAAUUUUAUUGUGCUAAGAAUGGGCUAAUGUGUCCCUCAGUGUAGCAGAGGGAAUCUGGGACAUCUGUGCAGGAAGCUGACUGGAUCUACGUUGGGUGCCAGACACCUGGUAUAAUUCACUGCCCUCCUCAGAUGGGGUCAGAGCUCUGACCCCAUGUUUCAUCAGACUCCAAGCAAGUUCGAAAGCUUGAAGGAUCAUCUGGUACAGUGAUAGCUCCAUUCGUAUUGAUACCCCACUUCAACAUUAAUUACCUUUUCUUGUUUGUUUCAAAACUAACGGCAUAGACCAGGAACCACAGUGGGAUUAAUUAUGGUUGAGAAUUUGGUCUCUGAUGAAAGCCUCCUGUCACUUAAGUGCUCAGUCAUUUCUGUUUAAGAUGCUGCCUGUCAAUAGAUUACCAGCACUUUCAUCCUGCACCUUGCAUCUUAGCUAGGAUUGGAACCUGGGGCUUGCUGUAGACGAUGAAAGCAUUGCUGUAUACUUUGAUAUGCUGUGAGAUUAAGUCGUCUAUACUGUCUGAUAAAAUAAAGCUUUACAGUGUUCUCACACUGGAUAGAAUUG